UUUAUUAGUUGAUUACAUGCUUUAUAUCCACCUUUACCUACCCAAAGACUGAACCACUGGGAUUAGUUUGUCAGGUCAAGGCUGUUAAAUUAACAAACACGCUCUUUAACUCUUUCCGCUAGAUAAUUGGAGCUACACAUUGCAACAAACCUGGUCGAUUUUUUCUUUCCUUUUCUUUACUUUCAUCAUCUCUUUUCUUAAUUCAUUUGAAAGCAAAAUGGUGCUUCAUAUUCACGUUUUAUUUGCUUGCUCUUUGGAAAUAUAUGUCUGCCGUUAGACAGUGUGGAUUGUGUGACAAGUUUAUUCUCAUAGCCUCUCUCUCUCUCUCUCUCUAUAUAUAUAUAUAUAUAUAUGAAGCAAGCAACAGCUAAUGCUUCAUUUCACAAUAGAAAAAUGAGUCGUAAAAAGGUUCAUUCACAAGGAAAUAUACCCUUUUCCUGGGAGGACAAGCCAGGAGUCUCCAAGGUCACCCAUUAUGAUGAUCAGUGCCCUAUAGUCAUAGGGUUGUGUGCCCUUAACCAAACACCUUCUCCUUCUGAUGCUGGUGGCUCCAAGAUUUUGGUUCAUGACAAGAAAGUUCCUCCUCCGCCGUGCACGAUGCAGCUGGUUCCGAAGAGGAGCACUUCCGUGAAAGGCUUGAGGUGGUGGCAAGAGGACCCCUUUCUUGCGGCUUAUAAGGAGUGCACCAAAGGUGGAGGAAAUGGCAAGUGGUCAAGUGAAGGUAGGAAAACUGAUGGCUCCAAUGUAAGGAAGAAGAAGACUAUUACUUUUUCAUGCAAGAAUUCUUGUGAUGUUAGAGGUGAUAAUUUGGUGAGGUUAUCUAAUCUCCCACCUCUUCCUAAAGAUAGAAUUCGUGGUAGACAGGAAUUUGUUUAACCACAUGUACGGUUUUUUUUUUUAUGUCUAAACAUCUCUUUUUGUUAAGCAUGCCAUGUUCUCCACUACGUACUCUUCUAACUAAUUAAAGCUUAAUUAUCAAAUGUAUAGUAGCAUGCUGUUGAGCAUA